AUGGAGUGGGGUACAUCUGCAGUUUGCAUACUACUGCUGGCUCUUAUCUGUGACAUACAGGUUAAUGCAAAGAGAGUCCAAGCGCUUAACCAUGUAAACAACAUCUGUAGCAUGUGGGGCAACUUUCACUUCAAGACGUUUGAUGGCGACUCUUACCAGUUUCAAGGCAUGUGCGAUUAUAACCUGGUGUCGGACUGCCAAAGCCUCAUUCGCCAGUUCUCGGUUCACGUGAAGAGAGGAGAACACACCACUGACUCAAAGAUCAGCAGAGUAGCGGUGUCCAUCAAUGACAUUUCUGUCGAAAUGACCCCAAACCAGGUCAUGGUCAACGAACAAAUUGUGACACUACCCAUCCAUGUCGCUGGGAUUCUUGUGGAAGAGAAUACAAUUUACAUCAAACUCUAUUCAAAACUGGGCAUCAGCGUCAAGUGGAACAGAGAGGAUGCAGUCACGGUGGAGCUGGAUGACAAAUAUUCAAAUCGUACUUGUGGACUGUGUGGCGAUUUCAAUGGUAUUCCCGUUUAUAAUGAGUUUAUUGAAUCAGGACGAAAGAUUGGCCAUGUUGAAUUUGGGAAUAUGCACAGAGUUCCAAAUCCAAUGCAUGUUUGUGAAGACCCUUUUGAAAACGACGAUGAGCAAAAUGUUUUGGACCAAUGUGAAAAAUAUCGGACAAAUUGUGCAGACUUUUUGGAGGUUGAAGACUGGUCUUCCUGUACCAAGGUUUUGAGUCCUGAGCCGUAUGUAAAGGCCUGUGUGAAUGAUAUGUGUUUGGGUCAAGAUGGAGACAUUUCAUCACUCUGUGCGACUUUAUCUGAAUACUCACGCCAGUGCUCUCAUGCGGGGAGGACUCCACCCAAUUGGAGAACAGAGCAAUUCUGUGCUGUGAAAUGCCCCUUCAAUAUGGUGCAUUCUGAAAGUGGCUCCCCAUGUAUGGACACAUGCUCACACAAAGACACAAACACACUGUGUGCGGAACACAACACCGACGGCUGCUUUUGCCCACAAGGAACUGUGUUUGAUGACAUCUCAAACAUGGGCUGCAUCCCAGUGGAACAGUGCCAGUGCAAACAUGACCAAAACUAUAAACCCGGAGAAGUCCUCCUUAAGGACGACGAGGAAUGCACAUGUCAGGAGGGGAACUGGAUUUGUAUGAGUCUGCCUAGUCCUGGCCUGUGUGCCCUAGAGGAAGGAUCUCAUUUCACCACCUACGACGGGAAAGAAUUCACUUUCCACGGAGACUGCCACUAUGUUCUCUCCAAAGACUGCAAAGACUCAAAGUUCAUCAUAUUGGGCCAGAUUGUUCCUUGUUUAACCCAUGAAACCGACACCUGCUUGAAAUCAAUAGUGGUGCUGUUUGACAACGACAAGAAAAAUCCUCUGCUCAUUAAACCUGACGGCACGGUACAACACAAUGCUGAAGUCCCACUUCCUUACAAGACUGCUGGCUUCACGGUGUUCAGGCCAUCAUCGUUUUACAUCAUGCUCCAGACCUCCUUCGGGCUGCAGGUGCAGGUACAGCUGGUGCCCAUUAUGCAAGUGUACAUCACUGUGGAUCAAAGCUUCCAGGGCAAGACUUGUGGUCUUUGUGGAAAUUUUAACAAAGUGCUGUCUGAUGACCUGAAGACCCCUCAGGGACUGGUGGAGGGUACAGCAGUUUCCUUUGCAAACACCUGGAAGGCCCAAUCUAACUGCCCUGACCGUACUGAGAGAAUGGACGAUCCCUGUUCCUACAGCACUGACAGCAAGCACUUUGCUGAGCAUUGGUGUUCCAAGAUGAAGGACAAGGAGAGCCCCUUUGCCAAAUGUCACUCUACUGUCAAUCCAGAAAGCUACUACAAAAGAUGCAAAUACUCCAGCUGUACAUGUGAAAAGAGUGAAGACUGUUUGUGUGCGGUAUUCUCCUCAUACGCCCGGGCCUGUGCAGCUAAAGGAAUAUUUCUCCAAGGCUGGCGGCAAACAGUGUGCGAGAAGUACACAGAGAACUGCCCGGCAUCACAGAACUACUCCUAUCAGCUGCAGAGCUGCCAGCAUACCUGUAUUUCUCUCAGCUCUGAGCGCCAAGGCUGCAAUGUUGACUUUGUACCUGUGGACGGAUGUGCAUGUCCAGAUGGACUCUACCAGGAUGAGAGUGGACUGUGUGUACCUAUGGAAAAAUGCCCUUGUUACCACAAUGGGCAGAAAAUCCAUCCCGGCCAGUCUGUUAGCCUUAAGGAUGAACACUGUGUUUGCAUGAAUGGAAAGUUCCACUGUCGAUCCUCGAGAGCCCGUUUUCUAGAAUGUCCCCAUCCAAAGGUUUUCUUCAACUGCAGUACAGCAGGCCCAGAUGAACAUGGACUGGACUGUGCUCGCACUUGUUUGCAACAGGAAGUUGAUUGUUUCUCGCUGGACUGUGAAUCUGGGUGCCAGUGUCCUACAGGUCUACUGGACGAUGGCAAAGGAUACUGUGACAAGUGUGGAAAUAAAACGGGUCAUUUUCAUGUGAUCACUGAGAAUAUUCCUUGUGGAACAACAGGAACCACAUGUUCAAAGGCUGUUGGGAUCCUUUUGGGGAGAACUAAACUGGAACUUUCUGAAGGCAUUGUAAGAGUAUCUGAUACUGGAAGUGGUCCACUGAUCAAGUACAAUAAAAGAAACGUUGGUAUGUACCUUGUUAUUGAUGCUGUCAUCGGAAUGACGGUUUUGUGGGACCGUAAAACAACUGUCCGCAUCAUUCUGCAACCUCAGCACAUGGGAGAAGUUUGUGGCCUGUGUGGAAAUUUCAAUGGAAAUGGAAAAGAUGACUUUACCACUCAAGGCAACUUGCAAACCUCAAAUAUAAUGGAGUUCGUGGACAGCUGGAAAGUGUUAAGCACAUGCCCUGAUGCAGAACCAGACUUUGAUCCUUGCUUUCAGACCCCUAAUCGACACACAUGGGCAAAAAUACAAUGUAGCAUCAUAAUGUCAGAUACUUUCAAAGUCUGCCGCAGCAUGGUGGAUCCAGGCCAUUUCUAUGAUAACUGUGUGAAGGACUCCUGUGCAUGUGACACAGGUGGAGACUGUGAGUGCUUCUGCACAGCUGUGGCAGCUUACGCUCAAGCAUGCAAUGAUAAAGAGGUCUGUGUGGACUGGAGAACACCUGAGAUCUGCCCUGUGUACUGUGACUACUACAAUAAACCAGGUGAAUGCAUAUGGCAUUACAGUCCUUGUCAUCCACCUUCGUACAAAACCUGUCUCAACCCUGAGGGUAUCCACAAUAACACUUUACCAAACCUGGAGGGUUGUUAUCCAGAAUGUCCAGGGGACAAGCCUGUAUUUGAUGAAAAAAAUCAGAUCUGUGUGGAGAUAUGUAAUCACACAUGCAAUGAUAAUGGGAACGAGUAUGAACCUGGAGAGGAGAUCCCAACUGACAAGCCCUGUAAUAUGUGCACUACACCACAAUCUACCACAUCAGAACAAACAUCAGAACCUCCCACCACUUCCACAUCUUCACCUACACCAACAGUAAUUACUACAACAACAACAGAAAAACCUACUCCAUCGACACCAACAGGAAGUACCCCAACAACUAAAUCAACAACAACGGUAGAAUCUACCACAUCACCACAAACACCUGAACCACCCACCAGUUCCACAUCUUCACCUACACCAACAGUAAUUACUACAACAACAGAAAAACCUACUCCAUCGACACCAACAGGAAGUACCCCAACAACUAAAUCAACAACAACGGUAGAAUCUACCACAUCACCACAAACACCUGAACCACCCACCAGUUCCACAUCUUCACCUACACCAACAGUAAUUACUACAACAACAGAAAAACCUACUCCAUUGACACCAACAGGAAGUACCCCAACAACUAAAUCAACAACAACGGUAGAAUCUACCACAUCACCACAAACACCUGAACCACCCACCAGUUCCACAUCUUCACCUACACCAACAGUAAUUACUACAACAACAGAAAAACCUACUCCAUCGACACCAACAGGAAGUACCCCAACAACUAAAUUGACUGAAUCAACAACAACGGUAGAAUCUACAACAUCACCACAAACACCUGAACCACCCACCAGUUCCACAUCUUCACCUACACCAACAGCAAUUACUACAACAACAGAAAAACCUACUCCAUCGACACCAACAGGAAGUACCCCAACAACUAAAUUGACUGAAUCAACAACAACGGUAAAAUCUACAACAUCACCACAAACACCUGAACCACCCACCAGUUCCACAUCUUCACCUACACCAACAGCAAUUACUACAACAACAGAAAAACCUACUCCAUCGACACCAACAGGAAGUACCCCAACAACUAAAUUGACUGAAUCAACAACAACGGUAGAAUCUACAACAUCACCACAAACACCUGAACCACCCACCAGUUCCACAUCUUCACCUACACCAACAGCAAUUACUACAACAACAGAAAAACCUACUCCAUCGACACCAACAGGAAGUACCCCAACAACUAAAUUGACUGAAUCAACAACAACGGUAGAAUCUACCACAUCACCACAAACACCAGAACCAGCCACCAGUUCCACAUCUUCACCUACACCAACAGCAAUUACUACAACAACAGAAAAACCUACUCCAUCAACACCAACAGGAAGUACCCCAACAACUAAAUUGACUGAAUCAACAACAACAGUAGAAUCUACCACAUCACCACAAACACCUGAACCACCCACCAGUUCCACAUCUUCACCUACACCAACAGUAAUUACUACAACAACAGAAAAACCUACUCAAUCGACACCAACAGGAAGUACCCCAACAACUAAAUCAACAACAACGGUAGAAUCUACCACAUCACCACAAACACCUGAACCACCCACCAGUUUCACAUCUUCACCUACACCAACAGUAAUUACUACAACAACAGAAAAACCUACUCCAUCGACACCAACAGGAAGUACCCCAACAACUAAAUUGACUGAAUCAACAACAACGGUAGAAUCUACAACAUCACCACAAACACCUGAACCACCCACCAGUUCCACAUCUUCACCUACACCAACAGUAAUUACUACAACAACAGAAAAACCUACUCCAUCGACACCAACAGGAAGUACCCCAACAACUAAAUUGACUGAAUCAACAACAACGGUAGAACCUACCACAUCACCACAAACACCUGAACCACCCACCAGUUCCACAUCUUCACCUACACCAACAGUAAUUACUACAACAACAGAAAAACCUACUCCAUCAACACCAACAGGAAGUACCCCAACAACUAAAUCAACAACAACGGUAGAAUCUACCACAUCACCACAAACACCUGAACCACCCACCAGUUCCACAUCUUCACCUACACCAACAGUAAUUACUACAACAUCAGAAAAACCUACUCCAUCGACACCAACAGGAAGUACCCCAACAACUAAAUUGACUGAAUCAACAACAACGGUAGAAACACCAACAGUAAUUACUACAACAACAGAAAAACCUACUCCAUCGACACCAACAGGAAGUACCCCAACAACUAAAUUGACUGAAUCAACAACAACGGUAGAAUCUACAACAUCACCACAAACACCUGAACCACCCACCAGUUCCACAUCUUCACCUACACCAACAGUAAUUACUACAACAACAGAAAAACCUACUCCAUCGACACCAACAGGAAGUACCCCAACAACUAAAUUGACUGAAUCAACAACAACGGUAGAAUCUACAACAUCACCACAAACACCUGAACCACCCACCAGUUCCACAUCUUCACCUACACCAACAGUAAUUACUACAACAACAGAAAAACCUACUCCAUCGACACCAACAGGAAGUACCCCAACAACUAAAUUGACUGAAUCAACAACAACGGUAGAAUCUACAACAUCACCACAAACACCUGAACCACCCACCAGUUCCACAUCUUCACCUACACCAACAGCAAUUACUACAACAACAGAAAAACCUACUCCAUCGACACCAACAGGAAGUACCCCAACAACUAAAUUGACUGAAUCAACAACAACGGUAGAAUCUACCACAUCACCACAAACACCAGAACCAGCCACCAGUUCCACAUCUUCACCUACACCAACAGCAAUUACUACAACAACAGAAAAACCUACUCAAUCAACACCAACAGGAAGUACCCCAACAACUAAAUUGACUGAAUCAACAACAACAGUAGAAUCUACCACAUCACCACAAACACCCGAACCACCCACCAGUUCCACAUCUUCACCUACACCAACAGUAAUUACUACAACAACAGAAAAACCUACUCCAUCAACACCAACAGGAAGUACCCCAACAACUAAAUCAACAACAACGGUAGAAUCUACCACAUCACCACAAACACCUGAACCACCCACCAGUUUCACAUCUUCACCUACACCAACAGUAAUUACUACAACAACAGAAAAACCUACUCCAUCGACACCAACAGGAAGUACCCCAACAACUAAAUUGACUGAAUCAACAACAACGGUAGAAUCUACCACAUCACCACAAACACCCGAACCACCCACCAGUUCCACAUCUUCACCUACACCAACAGUAAUUACUACAACAACAGAAAAACCUACUCCAUCGACACCAACAGGAAGUACCCCAACAACUAAAUUGACUGAAUCAACAACAACGGUAGAACCUACCACAUCACCACAAACACCUGAACCACCCACCAGUUCCACAUCUUCACCUACACCAACAGUAAUUACUACAACAACAGAAAAACCUACUCCAUCAACACCAACAGGAAGUACCCCAACAACUAAAUCAACAACAACGGUAGAAUCUACCACAUCACCACAAACACCUGAACCACCCACCAGUUCCACAUCUUCACCUACACCAACAGUAAUUACUACAACAUCAGAAAAACCUACUCCAUCGACACCAACAGGAAGUACCCCAACAACUAAAUUGACUGAAUCAACAACAACGGUAGAACCUACCACAUCACCACAAACACCGAACCACCCACCAGCCACAUCUUCACCUACACCAACAGUAAUUACUACAACAACAGAAAAACCUACUCCAUCGACACCAACAGGAAGUACCCCAACAACUAAAUUGACUGAAUCAACAACAACGGUAGAAUCUACAACAUCACCACAAACACCUGAACCACCCACCAGUUCCACAUCUUCACCUACACCAACAGUAAUUACUACAACAACAGAAAAACCUACUCCAUCGACACCAACAGGAAGUACCCCAACAACUAAAUUGACUGAAUCAACAACAACGGUAGAACCUACCACAUCACCACAAACACCUGAACCACCCACCAGUUCCACAUCUUCACCUACACCAACAGUAAUUACUACAACAACAGAAAAACCUACUCCAUCAACACCAACAGGAAGUACCCCAACAACUAAACUGACUGAAUCAACAACAACGGUAGAACCUACCACAUCACCACAAACACCCGAACCACCCACCAGUUCCACAUCUUCACCUACACCAACAGUAAUUACUACAACAACAGAAAAACCUACUCCAUCGACACCAACAGGAAGUACCCCAACAACUAAAUUGACUGAAUCAACAACAACGGUAGAACCUACCACAUCACCACAAACACCUGAACCACCCACCAGUUCCACAUCUUCACCUACACCAACAGUAAUUACUACAACAACAGAAAAACCUACUCCAUCGACACCAACAGGAAGUACCCCAACAACUAAAUUGACUGAAUCAACAACAACGGUAGAAUCUACAACAUCACCACAAACACCCGAACCACCCACCAGUUCCACAUCUUCACCUACACCAACAGUAAUUACUACAACAACAGAAAAACCUACUCCAUCAACACCAACAGGAAGUACCCCAACAACUAAAUUGACUGAAUCAACAACAACGGUAGAACCUACCACAUCACCACAAACACCCGAACCACCCACCAGUUCCACAUCUUCACCUACACCAACAGUAAUUACUACAACAACAGAAAAACCUACUCCAUCGACACCAACAGGAAGUACCCCAACAACUAAAUUGACUGAAUCAACAACAACGGUAGAAUCUACCACAUCACCACAAACACCUGAACCACCCACCAGUUCCACAUCUUCACCUACACCAACAGUAAUUACUACAACAACAGAAAAACCUACUCCAUCGACACCAACAGGAAGUACCCCAACAACUAAAUUGACUGAAUCAACAACAACGGUAGAACCUACCACA